GCCUAUCUCAAUUUUUGUAGGGGCAUGACUAAAAGUGACUGUAUGAGUAAUAAGUUAAAGUCCCCGGAAAUUAACGCUAGGGAGAGCUAGUGACAACUGACAUUUUAUGAAUCCGUUUGAAAUUUGAAUUAGGUGAAAAAUUAAAUUGUACUUGGAUUGGCGGAGAAAGUGAAAAAAGAGCAUCGGUUGCUAUAAGCAUCGCGGUAAAUCGUCGAUUGUUUAUUAAAUAAAAAAUAAUCUGACUUCCAUCAGUGAUGCUUUUGAAAACAAAGCUGUUGUGAUACAAUAAUUUGCUGAAGAGAAUCAAAGUAGUUUUUAAAAAUGAACAAUCUUGAUAAUUUCGUUAUAAAUAUUUAUAACAUCGCCGAGGACGGACGCGCCGCUUCGAUGGUGAGAUACGAAAUGAGUUUGAACAACAAAAAUCUCGUAACGAAAUCCUAUUUUUGCCACAAAACCGUUUGUUUCGACCCCGAGAGCAUGAGCGGGGCGCUCUACGACAACAAGCUCACUCUGAAUUACCGCCAGCUGAAAGUCGAGGAGGCGAUCAAAUGCACGCGGCAAGAAGAAGACGACCCCGUCGGCGGUAAGCAAAUGCUCAAUAUACCCACUAUGAUAAGGUGCCAAAAUUGCGAGACGAACUUCCCCACUAAAUACCAAUACCAAAGGCACCAGUGCGAAUUUAACGCCGAGAAAGUGAUCCUGAAAUCGGAAGUCGCCUGCAAGGAAUCCGACCAGGUCCAGGUGAAGCACGUCUGCCUCAUUUGCAACAAGCAAUUCGUAAACGCCAGCAAUCUGGUCCGCCAUCUGCCCAGCCACGACAACAACCAGGAGAACAUAUGCGAGUACUGCAAUAAGCAUUUCAUCAGCGAAAACCGCCUGAGAAUACACAAGGAAAACCACUGCAAAAAGGCCGGCGACAUAUCGAAAUUCUACAGGAGCGACGUCACCGUCUGGAAGUGCAAAAAUUGCCACGAGGUGUUCUCCUCGCCGCUCACCGCCAACUACCACGUAUCCAUCUGCAAGGAAGUCAUCAAAAUCGAAGCGCACCGCGAAGAAGAAACCCCCGAAACGGACGAGAAGCCGCCCAACGAUCCCGCCGGCGUUCUCGUCGACAAAAACCUCGAAAAGAUGCUCACCGAGUUGCUCCUGCAAUGCGAAUUCUGCAACAGAACCUACGCCGAGAAGAACCUUCUGCUGGUGCACCAAAGGAAGCACACCACCUCCAAGAACUACGAGUGCACCAACUGCUCGCAGGCCUUCGACUCCUACAUAGCGGCCGCGCAGCACUGGAUGAAGAAGUGCUCCGAGUACGUCAGCCUCUUCUACCUGCCCAAGCUCACCUACUGCGAGUACUGCGACAGAACGUUCAAAUCCCACGAGCUGCUCUACACGCACAAGAUCAAGAAGAAGCACUACACCGUCAAGAUCCAUUUGCCGGGCUGCGCCAACGCCGCCGGCGCCGUCCCCAGCGACGAGAAAUUCGUCAACAACAAGGAGAUCCUCAACAAACUCAUCGAGGACGUGCUGAUCACCUUGGACGUGCCCCUCAACAAAAUCAACACCUACUCCGCCGAGAGCAACAAGGAGAAUCUAGAAUCGACCGGAGAACAAGAUGCGACCGAGAAGAAGAAGAGAGGCAGGAAGCGAAAGUGGCCGGCGAAUCAAAACGUUAAAAUGAAGAAACUCAGUCUGGAAGUGGACAAAGGAUUCAAAUACCAAUGCGAGCGAUGCGUCAAGAUUUUCUCGACAGUAUUGGAGCUGGAGUGUCACAGGGAGAAGGAGCACGCUUCGAAUUUCGCUUGCGAAGAAUGCGGACAGGUUCUUCACAGCGCUAAAGCGUUGACUAUCCAUAGCAGAGCGCACAAGAGCCUCAAACCUUACGUGUGCGAAACUUGCGGUAGAAGUUACUCACAGACGUCCCAUCUUUGGCAACACAUGCGGUUCCAUCAAGGGAUAAAACCUUUCGCUUGUCCUCACGAAGGCUGCGAGGCUCGGUACACGAUCAGGCCGGACCUGAAGGACCACAUCAGGAAGGCCCACACCCGCGAGAGGCCUUUUAAGUGUAACGUUUGCGAUAAAUGUUUUUUGACCGGCUCGGUUUACUAUCAGCACAGGCUCAUCCAUACGAACGAUAGAAGAUACGCUUGCGAUUUGUGUCCCAAGCGGUUUUUCCGGGCCGAUGCGCUCAAUAACCACCGUAGAAUUCAUACGGACGAGAGGCCGUACCCGUGCCAUAUUUGCCGGAGGGAAUUUCGGCAGAAAGGCGAUCGCAAUAAGCAUUUGAGAACCCAACACCCCGAUUCGGUAGUUAAUAAUUAG